AGCCCACUGUCGGUCGGACCUCGGCCGGUGAAGCAGCGCCAUGGCUCGGGAGAACGGAGACACCGGCAGAGGAGAGACGUGGAAAAAACAAGUCGACGACAUUAAGAAAAUAUUUCAUUUAAAAGAAGUCCUCGGCACAGGGGCGUUUUCUGAGGUGAUCCUGGCUCAGGAGAAGCUGACCGGACGGAUGUUUGCGGUGAAGUGCAUCCCGAAAAAGGCUCUGAAGGGGAAGGAGAGCAGCAUCGAGAACGAGAUCGCCGUGCUGAGGAAGAUCAAGCACGAAAACAUUGUGGCGCUGGAAGACAUCUACGAGAGUCCUGACCACCUCUACCUGAUCAUGCAACUGGUGUCCGGCGGCGAACUGUUCGACCGAAUCGUGGAAAAAGGUUUCUAUACGGAGAAAGAUGCGAGCACGCUGAUCCGGCAAGUCCUGGACGCUGUUAACUAUCUGCACAAGAUGGGCAUUGUACACCGAGACCUGAAGCCGGAGAACCUGCUGUAUUUUAAUCCUCAAGACGAGUCAAAGAUCAUGAUCAGCGACUUCGGUCUUUCAAAGAUGGAGGGCAGCGGCGAUGUAAUGUCCACCGCCUGCGGCACACCGGGAUAUGUUGCUCCAGAGGUUCUCGCCCAGAAGCCAUACAGCAAGGCAGUGGACUGCUGGUCCAUUGGAGUGAUUGCCUAUAUCUUGCUGUGUGGUUAUCCACCGUUCUACGAUGAAAAUGACUCCAAGCUGUUCGAACAGAUCCUGAAAGCCGACUAUGAGUUUGAUGCACCGUACUGGGACGACAUAUCAGAUUCAGCCAAGGAUUUUAUCGGCAGUCUGAUGGAAAAAGAUCCAUCCAAACGUUUCACCUGUGAUCAGGCGCUCAGACACCCCUGGAUCGCCGGGGAUACGGCUCUCUGCAAGAACAUCCACGAGUCCGUCAGUCGGCAGAUCAGAAAGAAUUUUGCCAAGAGCAAAUGGAGGCAAGCGUUCAAUGCCACUGCGGUGGUUCGGCACAUGAGACGGCUGCAGCUUGGCAGUAGCAUGGGGAGCAGCAUGGACGCCUCCAACCCGCUGACCAGGCCGGGCCAGGCUCAGAAGCCUGUCCAGAGCCAGGCAGGCCAAAUCCAGCCAGCUCAGAGCCAAAACACUGGCCAGGCAGCACAGAGCACCAAUUCAGCUGCCAGCAAAACCUCUUCCAUAGACAACAACAUAGCAGCUCCACGUAAGGAAUGUGUAACCACACCAGCCACGCCCUGCAGCCUGGCAUCUGCAGCCUCUUCUCCUGCUGCGGGGGCUGAGCUGAGCCGGCCACAUCCCUCAGUGGUCCCCGCCCCAGUGCUGACGGAGACCAAGUGA